UCAAAUGUGAACAACUGCCGAAAAAAUGAAGCCACGUGCCGUAGUUGGUCUAGCGUUGAUUGCUUGCAUUGUGCUUGGAUCACAACGAAGUGAAUCUCGCAUGGUGCAUCGACGAUCGGUCCAGGAAGCGGAAACCGAUGAUAAAAGCCGCACGGAAACGACGCCCCAUUUUGGGCAACGCAUCGCAAGGAGUUUGCUUGGAGCCCUUCUAGACUUAGGACAUCAUUACGGACAUCACCAUCAUCAUGGACACCACUAUCCGCAUUACUAUCAUCAUCACGAUCCGUACUACCAUCAUUACGAGCACCACUAUCCGCAUCACCACUAUGAUCACCAUUAUCCCCAUCACUACGAGCAUCAUUAUCCGUACCAUCACUAUGAGCAUCAUUAUCCUUAUCAUCAUGAACAUGCUGAGGGUCAUAUCGACGUGCAUGAUGUCUCACAUCAUUAUUCCGUGCAUUAAGAGUUCGAUAUUUUGA